CAAAAUGGUACUGUCAGAAAAAUCAAAAUAUUCCAAAUAUAAUUGAAUUUUAGUAUUUCAUAGCUGUUUAUAAAGGUUUUGUGGCAAGUCAAAUGUGCUGAGGGAUCCAGUAAAAGAGGUGCAUUAUGGGAGUGUGGAAGCGACUACAGAGGGUCGGCAAACGUGCGACAAAGUUCCAGUUCACAGCGUCCUACCAAGAACUGAUGGUUGAGGCUACUAAGAAAUGGCAACCUAACAAGUUGAUUGUGGUAUGGACUAGGAGGAGCAGGAGAAAGGCAACUGAUGCCCACUCAUGGGAGCCUACUAUAACCAACCCCUACAAGGGUACAGUGAUGUGGCCAGUACCAGAGAAUGUUGAAAUAACUGUCACACUGUUUCGAGAUCCCCGAGAGGAAGAAUAUGAAGACAAAGAAUGGACAUUUGUCAUUGAAGAUCAAAACAAACAAGGACGUAGAAAAGUAAUUGCCAGUAAGUCAAUUAACAUGAAAGACUUUGCAAGUGCCAUUCCAACUCAGCAUCCUGUAAAGAUAAACCUGAAACCCACGUCAAAGAAAGUUGUGUCCGCAACACUUGAGCUUACACUACAUUGCAUGUUCAUCAAGGAGGGAAAAGCAACUGAUGAAGACAUGCAGUCUGUGGCAAGUCUUAUGAGCAUAGGGAAACAGUCAGACAUUGGCAACCUGGAUGAAUUUGAUGACGAGGAUGAUGACAACGCUGCAAAGAUGUCCGAACUCACCAGUAAACUUAAAGCUUUAGAGAAUGAUCUCCACUCAGAUGAAGACGUCCCUCUCCCACAAUCAAAUACGGCGUCCUCUGCAGGGCGUUUUUCGAAAAUCGACGCCAAAAAGAAUAAAGCUAGGUCCGCUACAUUGCCAGUGUUAAUGAAGGGUAGUAAUCCAUUUGAGAAGUUCAAAUCAAAGGAUAAAUCCUCUAAACAAUCGAAAGAUGAUUCUAAGAUUGGCGUUUCUGCAAAUCCUUUCGAUGAAGAAGAACUUCCAGAAAAAUCUAGUCAGCCUCUGUUUGAAAAAGUCCAAAAGGGGGCAGCACAAUCUAGGCCAAUCUAUGAGGGAACUCCGCCAUCCACUCCGCCACAUUUAAAGAAAACUUUUGCUCAACCGCAGGAACUUACACCUCCGUCAGAAAAGAAACUGCCAAUGGCGGUAACAGAGCCAGAUAAAAGAUCCAAGAGUCGCUCUCCUUACAGGGAUCCUAGUCCAGACUUCAAACCUCCUGCUGAGAAACCAAAUUUAGAACCUCUCAGCCUAGAACAGCAAAAGCCAACUCCUGUCAGGAAAGUUGGCAUCACUCCAACACAGGAUCUGCUAGAUUGGUGCAAAGAGGUCACUCAAGGUCACAAAGGGGUCAAGGUCACAAAUAUGACAACAUCAUGGCGAAAUGGACUUGCGUUCUGUGCGGUGAUUCACUAUUUUAGACCUGAACUUAUAAAUUUUGAGUCACUAUCGCCUCACGAUGUUAAAGGCAACUGUAAAAAGGCGUUUGAUGCUGCAGCCACGCUUGGAAUCCCAAAGGUUCUUGAACCAUCGGAUAUGGUACUACAGUCGGUCCCAGAUAAACUUUCAGUAAUGACAUAUCUAUACCAAAUAAGGGCAUAUUUCACUGGGCAGACGUUAGAGAUUCAACAGAUUGGUUUAAACGCGAGUGAGAGUAUGUACACUGUUGGUGACCACGAAGAUGAUGAUGAAGUCGAGGCAAGGAUAACUAAAGAGAUGUAUGGAGAGGAGGAGCAUGAGCCAGAGGAAGUCAGUGUUCUCAAUAGUAUCGCAUCAUCACAGGGAGGCGACUCAGGAGACGAAGCCACGAUGAACAUCUCAGAACUGAACUCAUAUCACGAACAAAGAUUGAAGUCUCAACGUGGAAGUAGCUCCCCUGAGAAAGACUCUAACUCAAACACAGAUGUGGAAUUACGCAAGGAUAAACGCCGUUCGAAUAUAAUCGAGAAACGUCUAAGUAAACCCAGUACCAAAGAAAAUGGAACAAAACGAGGGGAAUCCCCGAGAAAACAAGGCGUUGUAAAUUCCUCUCCACCAUCUAGCAACCGUAGUAGUAAAUCGCCAUCACCUGAGAAACCUCCUUUAAUGACGCGUAAACAGCUGAUGAACCCGUUUGACUCGGAUGAUGAGUGUGAGAUGACUGCACCUCCUCCACAGAAGAGCUCUCUUAGCAACAGGCACAGUCUCCCUCCUGAGAUCUCUAUGGACAGCAGGGCAUCACCAGAGAAAGGACAAUCAAGGAAAGAUUCAAGAAAUGAAGAGAAGAAGACAAGAAAGGAAGAGAAAUCUAAGUCAGGAACAGAGCUUUUAGCCUUGUUAGAUCAAGCUUCCCUGGAUCGUGUAAUAAACUACCUCGAACAUAAGUCUACAGGCAACAGAUAUAUAAAACAAGCAUUUUCUUUAGUGGAUAAGGUCAAGAGAAAGCUUCCAGUGAUUCCUGGCUUCAGUCCUGAGCCUGAGCCACCAUUGAUCAUCAACGUAGCCCCACCCAAAAAGUCACCAUCUCCACCUCAGAGGAUGACAUCAUCACAAUCCAGUAGCAACACAUCAUCGACUUCAUCGUCACCUACGAAGGAGGUGAUGAGGAGGAAGCUUGGGAAUGCUGGGAAUGGAACUGAGGGAGAUGGCCAGAAUAAACGUGCGUCGCGUCACGAAGAAUUGAAGGAAAGGGCGAGGAUUCUAUUAGAGCAGGCAAGGAAAGAUGCAGCCAGCAGUCAAGGGGGACAUCAGGUACCCCCACAACCAACUAGGCCAGCAGCCAGGAAAACAAAGAGCUACAGCAGUGGCAUGAAUACAGCUACAUUGAGUCAAGAAGAGAGGCAGAAACAGCUAAGAGAUCGGGCAAGGAAGUUGAUAUCUGAGGCUCGUGCUGGAAUAGGAAAGCCAGAGCCCACAGAGAUGAUUCAGAAAGCAACAGAUCCCGACUCUAAAGAAGGUAGUCCCAGUAAGACUGAUGCUCAGUUGAAGAAGAUUGUUCUGAACAGACCUAAUAUGGCAUCUAACCUUGCUUCAGCAGCCAGUUCUUCCAACGAGGAUGAUGGGUCACCAUCCCCUGCUUCACUACGUGGUUCCCCCCACAAGAAAAUGAUCGUCCCUGGCCGCGUGUCCCUGGAAUCAUUCGAUGAGUUCUGUGACCCCGCCCUUCAGAGGAAUUCCAGUAAAGAUGACCUCAACAGUGGAGGAGAGGAGGAGUAUGAGAAUGAUGAAGAUAUAUUCCUUUAUGAUGAAAAUGAUGAGGAGUUGAUGAGUACUAGUGAGUAUGUUCUCGGAGAGAUGGCAGCACUGGAGAGAGAACAGAAACAGAUUGACGACAGAGCCGCAUAUCUCGAGUCAGCACUUCGCAAAGUCAUGGAUGACGGUGCGAAGAAAGAAGAGGAAGAGAGGUUAAUGCAAGAAUGGUUCCUAUUGGUCAACAAAAAGAACGCUCUCAUCCGUCGUCAGAUGCAGUUGAAUAUAAUCGAAAAGGAGGAUGAUUUGGAGAGAAGAUUUGAACUCCUAAACAGAGAACUUCGAGCUAUGAUGUCUAUAGAAGAUUGGCAAAAGACCGAGGCCCAGAAACGAAGAGAGACGUUACUUCUAGAAGAGCUUGUCUUGAUCGUAAAUAAACGUGAUGAACUUGUUCAGCAGUUGGACUCUCAAGAAAAUGCGAUUGAGGAGGAUGAGGUGAUAGAGAGAGAUGUACACGAGAAAUCCCACAACUUGUCCAAGAAAGAUGAGAAAUCCUGCUGCAUACAGUGAUUCACUGCGGAGCUAAUCUCCAUGCCUCAACCAAUCAGAAUCCAGGGUUGAUUCAUCCCGUGCAAUGAUUAUUCAUGCAUACAGCACUCCUUUGAAUAUUGAGUAAAUCUCAAUUUGAGCUAUUGAUUGAAAUAGACAUGUAUUAGGAGCACUGAAUGGAAAAACGAUUUAUAUCAUGAAAUGGAACGGAUUAAAAUGAUAUCAAUGAACUUAGAUAAUCAUGAACGAUAGAAUAUAAUGAGAAAAUGAGUUAAUGAGCAGAGCAUUGAAGAAUGUCCAAAUUGGAUCUCGGUAAUCUGUAAAAAAAUCAGAUAAUAGCUGACAAAGCAAAAUGUGUUCACACAAGUCUUGGAUAUAAAACAUAAUUUGUAUUUUCAUCGACAAAUUUGAGUCUUCUACUAAAAUUAAAAAAAAGAUUAUGAGAUUUUGUGCAAAUUUUGUACAUUGAACAAGGUUGAGUUGUUGGAUAAGUUAUACAUUUUUAGUCUAACACAAGCCCUUAUGACCCCCCCCCGCCACUACAACUGUCAAGUUCAAGGUGUGUACUCAAAUAGAGGGGGGGUCACAGAGAUUUGUAGCUAGACUGUAUAUUUUGAGUAAUCCUUAAACCAGAUGUGCAAUAUUUAUGUUUACUAUACACCACAUGUAUGUGUACUUUGAAUUAAAAAUUCUGUUUAAUAUUAAUGUUUAACUUUUAUAAAAAGUAAUCACCUCAAUUUAAGGCCUCAUAGAGCCGAUCAUUGAACCAAUAUAUUACACGAUAAUUGUCUAAUUCUAUUUGCUCUCAAAAAUGAGCAUGUUCAAUCCUAUAAAUUUUGCAAAUUUAUUGUAAUUAGAAAUGUUUAUGUGAGAUGAUAUGAAGGGAUAAACUGUGUAAGGAGAUUACAUGUUCAUCUUUGAAUUGUCAUUUUUCACUUUCAAUAUUUACAAAUGGUGCUUGUGUACAUAUUGCAUAUAUAUGUAUAUGUGUUGAUGUAAGCAGUCACAAGAUGAAAAUUAUAGAUGGUUAUAUAGUGAAUACCUCUGUAAUGUAAACACUGACAAGAAUUGCUUUAUAUUUGCAUGAGUCUAAAAAGUAGUAUUCACAUUUCAGAGGUGUUCACAUUUUAGGUGUGGUCACAUUUAAGGGGAGUUCACUUUCAGAGGUGCUCACAUUUCAGAGUUGUUCACAUUUUAGGUGUGGUCACAUUUAUGGGGAGUUCACUUUUAGAGGUGUUCACAUUUCAGAG